AAAACGAGAAGCACUGCUCGUGGCGAAUCGGCUUCUUCCAAUAUAAAGGACCGCUCAGGCAGGCGCGAGGAGUCGCUGGCGCUUCGAGUCCGUGGAGUCCGCUGGCUAAGGUGGGAAGGGAAGCCCGAGCCUUGCUGAGAACAUGAAUGAUUGGAUGCCCAUUGCCAAGGAGUAUGACCCGCUUAAAGCUGGCAGCAUUGAUGGCACUGAUGAAGACCCACACGAUCGUGCCGUCUGGAGGGCAAUGUUGGCACGAUACACCCCCAACAAAGGCGUCACAGGAGACCCCCUCCUCACCCUGUUUGUGGCAAGACUAAACUUGCAGACCAAAGAGGAGAAGUUAAAGGAAGUAUUUUCCCGCUAUGGGGACAUCCGGCGGCUUCGGCUGGUGAGGGACUUGGUCACUGGCUUUUCAAAGGGCUAUGCCUUCAUUGAAUACAAAGAGGAGCGUUCUCUGAUCAAAGCUUACCGAGAUGCAGACGGCCUGGUUAUUGACCAGCAUGAGAUAUUUGUGGACUAUGAACUGGAAAGGACCCUCAAAGGGUGGAUCCCUCGGCGACUUGGAGGAGGUCUGGGGGGGAAAAAGGAAUCCGGGCAACUGAGAUUUGGGGGGCGUGAUCGGCCUUUUCGAAAACCCAUUAAUUUGCCAAUUGUUAAAAACGACCAAUACAGAGAGGGAAAAAGGGAAAAGCGGGAGCGAUCUCGGUCUCGAGAAAGGCACUGGGACUCUCGGACAAGAGACCGAGACCACGACCGUGGCCGGGAGAGGAGAUGGCAGGACAGAGAGCCAACCAGGGUGUGGCCAGAAAGUGACUGGGAGAGAGAGAGGGACUUCAGAGAUGACAGAGCCAAGGGGAGGGAGAAGAGGGACCGAAGUAAAUAGAGGCUCACCACCACCACCAGAACCCAGACGAAGACACAGCAUAAAUAGAAGCACGGAGAGAUCUGUGUUGCUUUUAUACAGUUUGAAACUAUGUCCAGUGCUUGAAUAAAAUUUGCUGAUGGUGA